GACCCAGUGGCCUUGUCUGUCUCCUGUUCAGCUGGGUCACUCCAGCUGUUUAGACCUUGGUGUUGUGUUUCACUCGGUUGGAGGUCUUGUGUGAGACAUGUAUCGAGCCUACCAGCCUCUCCGACCAGCAACCAGCAAAUACCUGCAGGAGAAAUGGGACAGGGCCAGCUAUCAGAAGCAUCGCAGAAAGGUGGAGCUAGCUGUCCCAGUUGUGAACACUACAGCCCCGCCAACCCCUUUCCAUCUGCAGGUGAACCUGAAGAAAAUAGAGAUGCAAAAAGAACGUCAAGAAAUUUGGGACCGGGAUAAUUUCUUGCAUCGUGCCAAGCUAUGGGGCAUCAAACAGUCCCAGGGGUGUUUGGACAACUGGAACUUCUACUGUACACACAGCUUAAACUGGGAGAAGCGUCGUUGGGACCUUGCACGCAUUGACUGGGAGAACCAACAGCUGCUCAAGCGUCUGGAAGGAAGGAAGUCGGAACUUGCCCAGGAACAUUGGCAGCAAAACUGGCAUAAGGAGCAGCUCCUCCGCCAGAGCAUUGCCCGCUAUCCCCGUGGCAAAGGAAGAUGCCAGGCAAACAAGGAGAGACCAAGGCAGUGGAGUGAAAGCAACAGCAUUCCCACCUCAGCAUCUGUCUCUUCACUCAACAGAACCCACCUGCCUUGUAAGCAUAACAGUAUGAUAGGCAAGAGCUUCUGGGAGACUAAAAGCGAGUCCAUCCCAGAAGGAGAGGCAACAACCUUCGCCUCUUCACCUCCCACUUUAAGGAAAAGAAAGACCCUCAAGCCAUCAAGGGCCGUGGUUCCGCAGUCAAGCAAAGGCCCGUUGGGACGUGUGCGCACGAAGACAGUGAAAAAGGCUGCCCGAGUCAUCAUUGAAAAAUACUAUACCCGCCUUGGAAAUGAUUUCCACACAAACAAACGAGUAUGUGAAGAGAUUGCCAUAAUCCCUAGUAAAAAGUUGAGAAACAAAAUUGCUGGGUAUGUGACUCAUCUGAUGAAACGUAUUCAAAGAGGGCCAGUCAGAGGUAUCUCCAUCAAACUGCAGGAAGAGGAAAGAGAAAGGAGGGAUAACUAUGUCCCUGAGGUUUCUGCUCUGGAUCAGGAGAUCAUUGAAGUGGACCCCGAUACCAAGGAAAUGUUGAAGCUACUGGACUUUGGCAGCCUUUCUAAUCUGCAAGUCACGCAGCCCACUGUAGGGAUGAACUUCAAAACCCCAAGAGGUGCCAUCUGAGGCCAGUUCCAUUCUGCCAGUUUUACAAUAAAUAUAUAGAAACACA